UCGGCCCAAUAGAUCCAGCUCACCCUCGGGCUGGGCCGGACUUGGGUGGGAACACGUUCCUUCUUCUUUCCGCUCGGCAGUCGCGUCCACAUCACCCAUCAAAUCAAAUCCCGGGCGCCCCGGUGAGCUCUAGCGGCUGUGAGAAGCUUCCAUGGAACAUUAUCCACCAGAUCACCACCGCUUCCUCCUCCUCCUCUUGCUUCUCGUACUUUCCAGAACAUUCCGAUCCUUCUCCCAUAAAUAACACAGCAGCACCCAUCAUGCCAUGUCUCCCGCCAAAACACGAACCCAAACCACCGACCGAACGAGCUCGUCGAUCGCAUCACCUGCCGCCCUCUGCCGGAUCGGAUGGAUCACCCCGCAGCCGCGACGGUGAAGCAGCAGGACGAACUGCUGGUGGUGCUGGACACCGACGGCGACGCUGGCGGGCGAGCAGGCGCGGCGCCGGAGCCUUGGAAGCUGGCGGCGGUUCCGCCGUUCGUGGCGAAGACGUUCGAGCUGGUGGAGAACCCGGCGACGGACGGCGUCGUGUCGUGGGGCGCGGCGCGGAACAGCUUCGUGGUGUGGGACCCGCACGCCUUCGCGGCGGUGCUCCUCCCUCGUCUCUUCAAGCACGCCAACUUCUCCACCUUCCUCCGCCAGCUCAACACCUACGGGUUCCGCAAGGUGAGCCCGGACAGGUGGGAAUUCGCGCACGCUGACUUCCUCGCCGGCCAGCGCCACCUCCUCGCCAACAUCCGCCGCCGGCGCGGCGCCGCGGGAGUCGGAUGCAAGGCGGCGAAGACGGCUAGUAUCGCGACCGGGAGCGGGGGCCGCGAGAAGGAGCUCGAGAAGCUGCGGCGCGAACGCGAGGCGCUGGCGCGGGAGCUGGCGCGGCUGCGGCGCGAGCAGCAGGAGGCCCGCGCGCAGCUGCGGGACGUGGAGCGCCGCGUGCGGGGCACGGAGCGGCGGCAGGAGCAGUGCGCUGCGGCCUUCCUCGCGCGCGCCGUCGGGGACCCGGCCGCGGCCGAUGAGACCGGCAGGAAGCGGCGGCGGCUCGACGCCGACGCCACGUCGACCACGCCGGGUGUGGCGGAUGUCCUCGCGUUCGUGGAGCUGGCUCUGGCGGCGGGCGCCGAGGCCGAGUCGGCUCCCAUGCCGGCCGUGGCGUCGGCACAUAGCACGGGCGCCGCCACCAACCUGGACAUGGUAUGGAACGAGCUGCUGGGGGAGGAGCCGGUGGCGAUCGACGCCAAGGCGGAUCAGGAGCUCGCCGCUGCCGCCGUGGAGCCGUGGGAGGAGAUGAGCGGGGAGGAGGCUUUGGAGCUGGUUGAGAUAGAUUGCUUGGCAUCACCGUAAGCCAUGUUGCUGCUGUCACUGUCACUUGCAACGAGAGAUGUGGACGGGUUGAGGUCGAUGGAUUCAGGUGGUUGGAUGCAUUGAAGGUUCUGACUUUCUGAGGAGAUUGCUAGAAAUGGUUGUUCCAGUUCAUAUGUUCUUGGAAUUUAUUCUUGGGAGUUCUUCGCCGAUCGAGCGCCGGUGACAAAAAGAUCGCUCUCCCUAGAACCACCCAACCAUGAUCGUCUGUGUCGGUAUCACCCUCUUCAUCUCUCGUCUCUUCAGUAUUCUAUUAUCACUCCCUCAUGCAUGGAUUUUGGUGAUGGCAAUAUGAGGAAGGUAGAGGUGACAGCGAUAUGAGACAUUGGGAUCUUUCUGGCUCCAUGCUACAGUGUCACAUUUUGCAAUUACUUGAUAAGUAGGGUUAUUUAGACCUCAAAUGACACACUUCAAAGUUUAGGGAUUUACAGAUAUGUAUUUAAAUGGCAUACUAAUAUUCAUGACAAGUUUAAGUACCACAAGUUAUAUUGGAAAUAUAUUGUGUGUCGAAGAUGAAGAACGAAUAGUAGUAGUGAACAGUCCUGCAAAGGUAAGGAACUAGGUGGGAACGAUUUUUCUAGGCUACCAUGAAUAAUUAGCAGUAAUUUUGAAUAUUAGUUCAAGCAUUACGGGAUUGUUUGAUUUGAGGAAUCACCUCAUGCAUGAUUGAUCCUGGAUGGUGGGUUUAACCAAUUUACUUGUACUCUUAUAGUUUACUCCUAUUAGUAGAAUAAUAUAUUAAGUGGGAUGGCUUCAUC